AUGCUCGGUUCACCAAGGCCACUAUGUACUUUCUCCCCGAGCGGUUUUAAAUGUACCUUGACGCGCUUUAUUCUCCCUAGCCGUCAGGUGGACUUUCGACUGCUCCCGAUCCUUGGAAUCCUGUAUGCAUUCGCAGUGGUAGAUCGUGCAAACUUGGGCCUAGCACGUACCGCCGGUAUGCAGCAUGACCUAAGAUUAGACAUCGGGUCUCGUUACAGCAUUAUUUCGUGCAUUUUUUUCAUCCCUCAACUGCCUAGCAAUCUACUCCUGCGGAAGCUGGGUGUGACCAAUUGGCUUGGAUUUUGUGUAAUAUCGUGGGGAUGUGUUCAGCUAAGUAUGGGGUUUGUCCCAUCUUGGGAGUAUCUCGGUCUCUGCCGGGUUCUGCUUGGUGCAUUUGAGGCUGGUUUCUUUCCUGCUCUUAUCUAUAUCAUCACUACGUGGUAUACACGACAUGAAGUCCAGAAACGGCUGGCUGCUUUCUAUCUCAUCUCCGUUGUCAUCGGUGGCUUUAGCGCUAUCCUUGCGUACGCCAUCACGUUUCUCAAUGGGCGAUAUGGAAUUCCUGGAUGGUCUUGGAUUUUUAUCAUCGAAGGCGCUCUGACAAUUUUUUUUGGUUGCGUAGCUUGGGCCUUCCUUCCAAAUUUCCCCGACCAGAACAGGUUUUUAACACCCGCCCAAACCACCCUUAUUCUGGAGCGUGUUGAGAGUGACAGGGGUGAUUCAGUACCCGACGGCUUGACGGUUCAAAAGGUCCUCGUACAUUUAUCCGACUGGACGAUUUGGGCAUACGGCCUCAUGUUCCUUUGUGUGACUAUGCCUGCAUACGCAAUCAGUUACUUUCUCACUCUUAUCCUACGAGGAAUGGGCUGGAGUGUCGAAAAUUCCUUACUCUUGAGUGCGCCCCCGUUUAUUUUCGCGGCUGUGUCUAUCAUGUUCUUCGCCUGGCUAUCGGAUAAGUAUUGCCAGCGGGCACUAGUAAUUGGGAUACAGACUGGCAUUACCAUACUUGGGAUGUGUUUAACGGGUUUUACGGCCCAGCCUGGCUGGCGGUACCUAGGUCUUUUUCUGGCCAAUGCGGGCUCUGGAGGAUGCAUCCCUGGUAUUCUAGCCUAUGCCUCGAACAAUGUUGUUUCGCACACAAAACGUGCCGUGUCUACCGCCGUCAUUGUUUCCUUUGGGGGCAUUGGUGGGAUAUUUGCCACAACAGUAUUCCGUCAAGCAGACGCUCCGUCUUACCUUCCUGGAAUAUAUGCAACCAUCGCCUGUCAAGUUCUCUUAUUGAUGCUUCUGGCCAUCACAACCGCUUAUUUUUGGGCUCAAAACAAACGGAUUCGCCGCGAGUCUUUGAUGAAAGGACAGGAAGAACAACGGUUCCUGUACACACUGUAA